CGUGUGAUUGGCCCACAGCCCUACUGCCGUGACUGGGAGAUGGAGGAGCCCACGCCGGAACAGCAAAAGAUUUCCACCAACGACAAAGGAUGCCAGACCGAGACAGCCUGCAACGGCAGUCCAGAACCAGUUGGACCCACCUCCAGCUCAACCCACGCACCAGAGUAUUGCGUGGAGCCUGGAGAUCCUCCCCUGCUGCAGAAACAGAUCCAGACCUCCAGGUCUGGUAUCCAGCAGAUUAUUGAGUGUUUCCGGUCAGGCACCACACAGCUCCGACACAUCCUGCUGAAGGAGGUGGACACCAUCUUCGAGUGUAAGCUGUGCCGCAGCCUGUUCCGAGGUCUCCCCAACCUCAUCACACACAAGGAGUUCUACUGUUUCCCCCGGCUCCCCGAGCCUGACGGCUCUUCGAGAGACGCCCGACAGAGCGCAGCCACGAAGGAGCUGAUUGAGGCCAUCUACCCACGGCGGGACGAGUACGUGGUGCGGCUAGAACCCAUUAGCACCAACCAGAACGCCAUCUUCCAGCACGUCUCCCGUGAAGACAAAGCCACCUGCCACGCCUCGACCGAACAUCACAAGGAGAAGGAGAAAGAGAAGGAGAAGGACAAAGAGAAAGAAGCGGAGCCCAAUCACACAACUGACCCGGAGGAAAAACCAGGCACCGACGCGUCGGAGAGCGAGGCAGAAACCCAGGAGGAGGACGAGGAGGCAGAGGAGGAAGAUGUGGAAGAGGAAGAUGAUGAUGAAGAGGAGGAAUUGCAGGGCUUGGAAGAGGAGGACGAUGACGAGGAUGCCACAGAGGGUGAAGGUGACCAUGAAGGUGACAGCCCUGGGAAGGAAUCGAACAGUGAUGUGCAUUUGAGUGACGGGGCUGGCCCUGUUGUGCAGGGUGUGACCAUCACCUGCUGCAUGUGCGGCAAGGACUUCAACUCGCGGCAGGCCAUCCGCCGGCACUGCCGCAAGAUGCACCAGAACCGGCUGGAGGAGCUUCGUAAGUUCACGGAGAUGCGUACCGUGCCCAUCAGUCUGCUCUCCAUGGUGAAGGUGCCCUCGGGCGUCUGCUCACCCGUCAAGACGCCCUACGGAAAGAGCUGCCCCGUCUGCUAUAAGGCCUUCGCCACCAAGGCCAACGUGCGGCGCCACUUCGACGAGGUGCACCGCGGCCUGCGCCGAGAUCUGAUCACGCCUGACAUCGCCACCAAGCCAGGAGUGCCCCUCUCGCUGGAGACCACUGCCAGCCCUGCGCCCCAGUACAACAUGACCUCCGGCAAGUGCCUGGUGUGCAAGCGGAAGUACAGCAGCCAGGCGCGGCUCAAGAGGCACCUGCGCAUUGUGCACAAGAUCCGUCCGAAGCUGGCCACCGCCAUCUCUCCUCAGACACCUUCGUCCACUGGCAAGAAGGCGGUCAAACGGCCAGCGUCGCCUCCGGUUGAAGUGCAAAGGCGCGGCAGGCCGAAGAAAUACAGACGGGAGGAGCACUUCACGCUCCGUAAGCAGCAGCAGCAGCAGCAGCAGGAGGAGGAGAACAACGACGGAGACGGAGGCCCCGCAAUGCGGCGGCCGAAGCUAGCGCUAGGCUUCGACUUCAAGCUGCUCUACUGCAAGCUGUGCAAGCGGCAGUUCAGCUCACGGCAGAACCUGGACAAGCACAUUGAGCUGCACACGGACAACGACAACGAGAUCUUUAUUAAGUUCUACCGCUGCCCGCUGUGUAGCUACGAGACGCGGCGCAAGCGCGACGUGCUGCGGCACAUCACCGUGGUGCACAAGAAGCCCAGCAACUACCUUACCAAGAUCAUGGCCACCAUUGAGAGCCGCGCCGUCAAGAAGCCCGCCGAGCUGGUGCUGAAAAACGCCAGCGGCGGCGCCAAGCGCAGCCAACUGCCCGCCUCGCCGGCGCACUUAAAGGAGGAGGUGAACGGCAGGCACGAGCCGGCCAUCGCGACCACUCCUCAAAGCACGCGCAAACACACGGACGCUGCGGCGGCGGCCACCCCCUCCACCCCGGUCACGCGCAGGCACGAGCUCCCCCCACCCACCCCGCCUGUCACGAGAAAACACAGCCUGUUCCUCUCCAGCCCGCCGGUCACCAGGAAGUCCGACCACCACCAUCACCACUCCUUGACACCCCACACGCGCAAACAGGAGGCCCCGCAGCCCUUACUGUCGCCCAAGCAGGAGCCCGUCGAAUCGCAGCACAGCACGGAGGUGAAGGUCACCAAGAACUUCUCCCUGCACGCCUGCGACAUGUGCGGCCGGGCCUUUGCCAAGAAGCUGUACCUGGAGACGCACAAGCGCAGCCACCGGAACGCCGCUGCAACCGCGGCGUCCACUUCCGACGACCACCGCACUCAAGGAGUCAGCACACGGUCGAAGGCCCUGCUCUGAUCUUUUCAGAGGACGCAUCUCAUGAUCCCACACUGGAACCCUCAACGUCAUGCCAGACGUGAAGAGACGGGAGCUUUGAAAAAGCUGCCAGCCUUGGACAGUGCUGGCGCCACUGUAUUGUAAAUAGUACCAAAACAGAAUGAAGUGUGAGGGAGGAGGAGGAGGCAUGGUGACGUUUGUGUACAAAUGGACUGGUUUCUAGCUUUCCCGGAUUUCAGAGGAAGUCCUUAGGCCCCUUAUUUUGGUUUGUUUAUUUGUUUGCUGACGUUUUCCAGGAACUCUAAUCUCGAUAUCUGCCUACUCGGCUGAAUGUUUGUGUUUUGUAUGUAUGAACAGGAAAUGAGUUAACAUUUAUUCUUGCAGACUACCAACCUAUCGUUGCGUUUUUGUUCGUCUGUGUGUUUUACACUGUCUAGGACCACAGUCACUCUUAUUUGUUGAAAUGAAUUUUAUUAAACUCAUUCCACGAUCAGCUAGCCAGAUCAGAAACCUUGCCCCUGUACCUGCCCUCAUCUACCCUUUACACCCUGGGUAUCUAGGGCUCUUUAAUUGCACAUUACCCUCCACUUGGGGGCAGCAGAGUGCAAGUCAAGUGCAUGACAAAGGUACCGCUUGAUGGGGUUGUUGAUCUAGGAACCAUUGGCUGUUAUUUCCCUAAUUUCCUUUCCCUUUGCUCAGAUGUGAGCAUGCUCAAGUACCAAAACUAAUCCUGUUUUAGAGGAUCAACCAGAAGCAAAUCUGUACUUUACUUUACUCUUCAUGAAAAUCAAAAAUGUUAUGACUACUUCCGGAAAUUGAUAACCUCAAAGUCGCCAUCAGCUGAUACCAUGCAGCUGAGUUAUUAGCCACAAACGGGGGUUCAUUGAUCAAGGUCAUAAGGACAUAUUAUUUGACUUUUGUGUAGUCAGAAAACUAACACAUGCAUAGGUACUACCUACAAUGUCACCAUUUUUUCAGCGUUUUGUGCUUUCCGUGUUGGAGAAUAUUGUAGUUCGGUUAUAUUACUGACAGGAUAUCAUUAUUUUACUUUAUAAACCAAUCAUUCCGAAACUGAAGUAAUUAGAUUAAUUAGUUAUAUGUAGUCUUCCCUGGCUAUUUUGGCUCCUCACACACCCACUGCAGCAGGUAGGCUAAAUAGGUGACUCCAUGUUUCAUUGCUGAAAUGAAUGUAUUCAAAGCUGAAUCCACACCUGCUUUCCUUAAUAAACUAAGCAUAAAAAAACUA